AUGGUGGUGGCCUUUACAGUGAUAUUCGCAACCUUUCUGCCAUUUCCGGAAAUCCCACGCCGCGAUGACGUAGACAUCCUGAAGCUUCGUACACGUUGCGGCAGUGAGAUCGUAGCUGUUUAUAUCAAACACUCCAAAGCUAACGGCACAGUUCUGUAUUCUCAAGGUAACGCAGCCUAUAUGGGACAAAUAUUUGAGCUUUCUGUCGAGCUCAGCAAUCGCCUUCGCGUUAAUUUAUGGGGUGUAAUCUCUCUCUAAAAGUAUGAUUACUCUGGUUAUGGUCAGUCUACAGGACAUGCAAGCGAGUCUAAUACAUAUGCUGGUAUAGAAGCAUCUUAUAAAUGCCUCAAAGAAAUGUACGGCGUUAUAGAUGAUCAACUGAUACUAUAUGGUCAGUCUGUUGGUAGUGGACCUACGGUUGCUCUAGCGUCGCGCACACCUAACUUGAGAGGCGUGGUUUUAUAGUGUCCUAUUCUGUCUGGGAUGAGGGUUUUGUAUCCGGUGAAAUGUACAUAUUGGUUUGAAAUUUACAAGAAUAUUGACAUCGGUGCAGUGACAUGUCCUGUAUUAGUGAUCCAUGGAACUGCUGAUGAAGUAGUUGAUUGUUCGCAUGGAAGACGGCUCUGGGAACUCAGCAAAGAGAAGUAUGAACCUUUGUGGAUAAAUGGAGGUGGACAGUACUGCGACCUUGAACACUAUCCAUCUUUCAUAAGACAUCUGAAGAAAUUUGUUGCAUCACUUGCCAACAAACAAGCGAAGGCAGGAGAAAAUUGA